UAUUGACAUGUUUGGAUUUACCAAGAAGUCUGGACAGUAAUUUGGUUCAUAGGAAAGUUUACCGUUAAUUUCUGAUCCGUGGUGUUUGAUAUGUGGUAGAACUAUGGAGUAUCCUCUGGUGUGGGUUCUCAUCCUGGUGCUGCUUAACUUCACUACAGAUGUCUCUGGCCAGGUGGUGGUUCCCUCGAUGAACCCCUUAGCUGUGGGCAGUAAUGUCACCCUGAACCUAGUUCCUCAAAGCCCCAUCAACAUAGGGACCUGGUCAUAUGAAACUACAAUCAUCGUCCUUUUCUAUCCUAAUGGCAGUAGUGUGAGCAAAAGUUAUCAAGGCAGAGUCUCAUUCAACCGUUCCUCCUCAGAGCUGUCCAUAAGCUCUCUCCAACUCAACGACUCAGGACUAUAUACCGUGCAGGGAAUGGAGCCAGUCCUGUAUGCUGUGGUGACCUUGUCUGUCCGGGAGCCCAUUUCAAACGUGACUCUAAGGGCCAACGCUACUGAUCUAGUGGAAUUGAACGACACUGCCAUGUUCACCUGCUCCAUCUCCUCUGGCACCUCCCUCUCCUACCGCUGGCUGAAUGGCAGCUCAGAGGUCAUAGCCAGUGACAGAGUUUGGCUUGGUGGUGGGAACAGCACUCUCACCAUAGUCAGUGUGACACGAUACGAUGAAGGGCCGUUCAGAUGUGAGGUCAUCAACGGAAUCAGCAACGGCACCAGCCAGCCCAUUGGCCUCAAUGUUAGAUAUGGCCCAAGUAACCUCACCAUGAUGGUAGUUCCUGAGAUGACCAUAGGACAUACAGCCUACAAGACGGGCUCUGACAUCACUCUGUCCUGCUCCGCUCAGUCCAAACCCGCUGAGUCCUACAAGUGGGGGUUUAAUGGGACGUUCCUCAAUGAGCAAAGCCCACAGCUCAGCCUGCAGAACAUCAGGGAGAACCAGACAGGAAGUUAUGCCUGCUUAGCCCACAACAAUGUCACACUCCAAGUCGCCUCCAUGACCACAAUGAUAAAGAUCGUGGAGCCGAUAUCAGCGGUUUCAUUGAACCGUGAUGGGAAGCCACCGAUACUGGAUCAGUCGUUCACUCUGCGGUGUGAGGUGACUGGACCUGUAAACUACAUUAUAUGGCUGAUGAAUGGCCAGCUCAUCUCCCUAAAUAACAGAACAUUCUUCUCUACGGACAACAACACAAUGGUUAUCAACCCAAUCCAAUUUUCUGACAAUGGAGAAUAUCUCUGUGAGGCCUUUAAUGCUGUUAGCAACCUGACCAGCAUAGCAUACAAUCAUGUGGUGAACUUUGGACCAGAGAGGCCUGCUAUAACUAGUCCGGAUAUAGCAAUGAGAGGACACAUCGUGACCUUCAAUUGCUCAGCCUCCUCUCAGCCUCCCAGCCAGUUCAGCUGGUUCUUCAAUGGCUCCCAGAUGGCGGCUGGCUCAGUGUAUGAGACUGGCCCACUGACCUUAGCCAAUCAUGGGGAAUACACCUGUGUGGCCUUCAACAACAUCACUGGCAGAAACAGCACUGUCUCCAAGAUGCUCACCAUCAUUGUCCCAGUAACCAUGGCCAUGGUGAAAGUCAUGGGUUCCCAGCUAAUAGCAGACUACAUGUUUGCAAUGACCUGUGAGACCACAGGAACCAUUUACUCCAUUCAUUGGAUGAGGAACGGCUGGCCUCUGUAUGCUGAUAACAGAAGAGACAUCUCUAUGGACAACAAUACACUGACCUUCAACUCUGUCCAAAAUUCUGAUAACGGAGACUAUCAGUGUUCUGCCUACAACCCCCUGAGCAAUAUGACCAGCCCAGAAUACAGACUCAUCGUCAACUAUGGUCCAGAGAGACCUGUUAUCAUGAGUCCGGAUAUAGCAAUGACAGGACACAUCGUGACCUUCAAGUGCUCUGCCUCCUCUCAGCCUCCAAGCCAGUUCAGCUGGUUCUUCAAUGGCUCCCAGGUGGCGACCGGCUCAGAGUUUGAGAUGGGCCCACUGACCUUAGCCAAUCAUGGAGAGUACAACUGUGUGGCCUUCAACAACAUCACUGGCAGAAACAACACUGUCUCCAAGAUUUUCACCAUCAUCGUUCCAGUAACCACGUCCACGGUUAAAGUCAUUGGUGCCCAGCCAAUUGCAGACUACAUGUUUACUCUGACCUGUGAGACAUCUGGAACCAUUUACUCCAUUCAGUGGAUGAGGAACGGCUGGCCUCUGUAUGCAAGCAACAGAACAGACUUCUCUAUGGACAACAAUACACUGAUAUUUAACUCUAUCCAGCAUUCUGACAACGGAGACUAUCAGUGUUCUGCCUCCAACCCCUUCAGCAACAUGACCAGCCCUUACUACAAACUGAUCGUCAACUAUGGACCGGAGAUGCCAAUAAUAACAGGACCAGCGUUAGGAGAAACAGGACACAGCGUGACCCUCAACUGCUCAGCUUCCUCUCAGCCUCUCAGCCAGUUCAGCUGGUUCUUCAAUGGCUCCCAGGUGGCAACUGGCUCAAAGUAUGAUACAGGCCCACUGACUUUAGCCAGUCAUGGGGAGUACACCUGUGUUGCCUUCAACAACAUCACUGUCAGAAACAGCACUGUCUCCAAGAUGCUCACUGUCGUUGCAACAGUGACCAUGACCAUAGUGAAAGUCAUUGGAGCCCAGCCAAUACUGAACGAGAGAUUCUCUCUGACCUGUGGCACCGCUGGAACGGUUUACUCCAUUCAGUGGAUGAGGAACGGCUGGCCUCUGUUUGCUAGCAACAGAACAGACUUCUCUAUGAACAACAAUACACUGACAUUCAACUCUGUCCAGCAUUCUGACAAAGGAGACUAUCAGUGUUCUGCCUCCAACCCCUUCAGCAACAUGACCAGCCCAUACUACAAACUGAUCAUCAACUAUGGACCGGAGAUGCCAAUAAUAACAGGACCAGCAUUAGGAGAAACAGGACACAGCGUGACCUUCAACUGCUCAGCUUCCUCUCAGCCUCUCAGCCAGUUCAGCUGGUUCUUCAAUGGCUCCCAGGUGGCAACUGGCUCAAAGUAUGAUACAGGCCCACUGACUUUAGCCAGUCAUGGGGAGUACACCUGUGUGGCCUUCAACAACAUCACUGUCAGAAACAGCACUGUCUCCAAGAUGCUCACUGUCGUUGCAACAGUGACCAUGACCAUGGUGAAAGUCAUUGGAGCCCAGCCAAUACUGAACGAGAGAUUCUCUCUGACCUGUGGCACCGCUGGAACGGUUUACUCCAUUCAGUGGAUGAGGAACGGCUGGCCUCUGUUUGCUAGCAACAGAACAGACUUCUCUAUGAACAACAAUACACUGACAUUCAACUCUGUCCAGCAUUCUGACAAAGGAGACUAUCAGUGUUCUGCCUCCAACCCCUUCAGCAACAUGACCAGCCCAUACUACAAACUGAUCAUCAACUAUGGACCGGAGAUGCCAAUAAUAACAGGACCAGCAUUAGGAGAAACAGGACACAGCGUGACCUUCAACUGCUCAGCUUCCUCUCAGCCUCUCAGCCAGUUCAGCUGGUUCUUCAAUGGCUCCCAGGUGGCAACUGGCUCAAAGUAUGAUACAGGCCCACUGACUUUAGCCAGUCAUGGGGAGUACACCUGUGUGGCCUUCAACAACAUCACUGUCAGAAACAGCACUGUCUCCAAGAUGCUCACUGUCGUUGCAACAGUGACCAUGACCAUGGUGAAAGUCAUUGGAGCCCAGCCAAUACUGAACGAGAGAUUCUCUGACCUGUGGCACCGCUGGAACGGUUUACUCCAUUCAGUGGAUGAGGAACGGUGGCCUCUGUUUGCUAGCAACAGAACAGACUUCUCUAUGAACAACAAUACACUGACAUUCAACUCUGUCCAGCAUUCUGACAAAGGAGACUAUCAGUGUUCUGCCUCCAACCCCUUCAGCAACAUGACCAGCCCAUACUACAAACUGAUCAUCAACUAUGGACCGGAGAUGCCAAUAAUAACAGGACCAGCAUUAGGAGAAACAGGACACAGCGUGACCUUCAACUGCUCAGCUUCCUCUCAGCCUCUCAGCCAGUUCAGCUGGUUCUUCAAUGGCUCCCAGGUGGCAACUGGCUCAAAGUAUGAUACAGGCCCACUGACUUUAGCCAGUCAUGGGGAGUACACCUGUGUGGCCUUCAACAACAUCACUGUCAGAAACAGCACUGUCUCCAAGAUGCUCACUGUCGUUGCAACAGUGACCAUGACCAUGGUGAAAGUCAUUGGAGCCCAGCCAAUACUGAACGAGAGAUUCUCUCUGACCUGUGGCACCGCUGGAACGGUUUACUCCAUUCAGUGGAUGAGGAACGGCUGGCCUCUGUUUGCUAGCAACAGAACAGACUUCUCUAUGAACAACAAUACACUGACAUUCAACUCUGUCCAGCAUUCUGACAAAGGAGACUAUCAGUGUUCUGCCUCCAACCCCUUCAGCAACAUGACCAGCCCAUACUACAAACUGAUCAUCAACUAUGGACCGGAGAUGCCAAUAAUAACAGGACCAGCAUUAGGAGAAACAGGACACAGCGUGACCUUCAACUGCUCAGCUUCCUCUCAGCCUCUCAGCCAGUUCAGCUGGUUCUUCAAUGGCUCCCAGGUGGCAACUGGCUCAAAGUAUGAUACAGGCCCACUGACUUUAGCCAGUCAUGGGGAGUACACCUGUGUGGCCUUCAACAACAUCACUGUCAGAAACAGCACUGUCUCCAAGAUGCUCACUGUCGUUGCAACAGUGACCAUGACCAUGGUGAAAGUCAUUGGAGCCCAGCCAAUACUGAACGAGAGAUUCUCUCUGACCUGUGGCACCGCUGGAACGGUUUACUCCAUUCAGUGGAUGAGGAACGGCUGGCCUCUGUUUGCUAGCAACAGAACAGACUUCUCUAUGAACAACAAUACACUGACAUUCAACUCUGUCCAGCAUUCUGACAAAGGAGACUAUCAGUGUUCUGCCUCCAACCCCUUCAGCAACAUGACCAGCCCAUACUACAAACUGAUCAUCAACUAUGGACCGGAGAUGCCAAUAAUAACAGGACCAGCAUUAGGAGAAACAGGACACAGCGUGACCUUCAACUGCUCAGCUUCCUCUCAGCCUCUCAGCCAGUUCAGCUGGUUCUUCAAUGGCUCCCAGGUGGCAACUGGCUCAAAGUAUGAUACAGGCCCACUGACUUUAGCCAGUCAUGGGGAGUACACCUGUGUGGCCUUCAACAACAUCACUGUCAGAAACAGCACUGUCUCCAAGAUGCUCACUGUCGUUGCAACAGUGACCAUGACCAUGGUGAAAGUCAUUGGAGCCCAGCCAAUACUGAACGAGAGAUUCUCUCUGACCUGUGGCACCGCUGGAACGGUUUACUCCAUUCAGUGGAUGAGGAACGGCUGGCCUCUGUUUGCUAGCAACAGAACAGACUUCUCUAUGAACAACAAUACACUGACAUUCAACUCUGUCCAGCAUUCUGACAAAGGAGACUAUCAGUGUUCUGCCUCCAACCCCUUCAGCAACAUGACCAGCCCAUACUACAAACUGAUCAUCAACUAUGGACCGGAGAUGCCAAUAAUAACAGGACCAGCAUUAGGAGAAACAGGACACAGCGUGACCUUCAACUGCUCAGCUUCCUCUCAGCCUCUCAGCCAGUUCAGCUGGUUCUUCAAUGGCUCCCAGGUGGCAACUGGCUCAAAGUAUGAUACAGGCCCACUGACUUUAGCCAGUCAUGGGGAGUACACCUGUGUGGCCUUCAACAACAUCACUGUCAGAAACAGCACUGUCUCCAAGAUGCUCACUGUCGUUGCAACAGUGACCAUGACCAUGGUGAAAGUCAUUGGAGCCCAGCCAAUACUGAACGAGAGAUUCUCUCUGACCUGUGGCACCGCUGGAACGGUUUACUCCAUUCAGUGGAUGAGGAACGGCUGGCCUCUGUUUGCUAGCAACAGAACAGACUUCUCUAUGAACAACAAUACACUGACAUUCAACUCUGUCCAGCAUUCUGACAAAGGAGACUAUCAGUGUUCUGCCUCCAACCCCUUCAGCAACAUGACCAGCCCAUACUACAAACUGAUCAUCAACUAUGGACCGGAGAUGCCAAUAAUAACAGGACCAGCAUUAGGAGAAACAGGACACAGCGUGACCUUCAACUGCUCAGCUUCCUCUCAGCCUCUCAGCCAGUUCAGCUGGUUCUUCAAUGGCUCCCAGGUGGCAACUGGCUCAAAGUAUGAUACAGGCCCACUGACUUUAGCCAGUCAUGGGGAGUACACCUGUGUGGCCUUCAACAACAUCACUGUCAGAAACAGCACUGUCUCCAAGAUGCUCACUGUCGUUGCAACAGUGACCAUGACCAUGGUGAAAGUCAUUGGAGCCCAGCCAAUACUGAACGAGAGAUUCUCUCUGACCUGUGGCACCUCUGGAACGGUUUACUCCAUUCAGUGGAUGAGGAACGGCUGGCCUCUGUUUGCUAGCAACAGAACAGACUUCUCUAUGAACAACAAUACACUGACAUUCAACUCUGUCCAGCAUUCUGACAAAGGAGACUAUCAGUGUUCUGCCUCCAACCCCUUCAGCAACAUGACCAGCCCAUACUACAAAAUGAUCAUCAACUAUGGACCGGAGAUGCCAAUAAUAACAGGACCAGCAUUAGGAGAAACAGGACACAGCGUGACCUUCAACUGCUCAGCUUCCUCUCAGCCUCUCAGCCAGUUCAGCUGGUUCUUCAAUGGCUCCCAGGUGGCAACUGGCUCAAAGUAUGAUACAGGCCCACUGACUUUAGCCAGUCAUGGGGAGUACACCUGUGUGGCCUUCAACAACAUCACUGUCAGAAACAGCACUGUCUCCAAGAUGCUCACUGUCGUUGCAACAGUGACCAUGACCAUGGUGAAAGUCAUUGGAGCCCAGCCAAUACUGAACGAGAGAUUCUCUCUGACCUGUGGCACCGCUGGAACGGUUUACUCCAUUCAGUGGAUGAGGAACGGCUGGCCUCUGUUUGCUAGCAACAGAACAGACUUCUCUAUGAACAACAAUACACUGACAUUCAACUCUGUCCAGCAUUCUGACAAAGGAGACUAUCAGUGUUCUGCCUCCAACCCCUUCAGCAACAUGACCAGCCCAUACUACAAACUGAUCAUCAACUAUGGACCGGAGAUGCCAAUAAUAACAGGACCAGCAUUAGGAGAAACAGGACACAGCGUGACCUUCAACUGCUCAGCUUCCUCUCAGCCUCUCAGCCAGUUCAGCUGGUUCUUCAAUGGCUCCCAGGUGGCAACUGGCUCAAAGUAUGAUACAGGCCCACUGACUUUAGCCAGUCAUGGGGAGUACACCUGUGUGGCCUUCAACAACAUCACUGUCAGAAACAGCACUGUCUCCAAGAUGCUCACUGUCGUUGCAACAGUGACCAUGACCAUGGUGAAAGUCAUUGGAGCCCAGCCAAUACUGAACGAGAGAUUCUCUCUGACCUGUGGCACCGCUGGAACGGUUUACUCCAUUCAGUGGAUGAGGAACGGCUGGCCUCUGUUUGCUAGCAACAGAACAGACUUCUCUAUGAACAACAAUACACUGACAUUCAACUCUGUCCAGCAUUCUGACAAAGGAGACUAUCAGUGUUCUGCCUCCAACCCCUUCAGCAACAUGACCAGCCCAUACUACAAACUGAUCAUCAACUAUGGACCGGAGAUGCCAAUAAUAACAGGACCAGCAUUAGGAGAAACAGGACACAGCGUGACCUUCAACUGCUCAGCUUCCUCUCAGCCUCUCAGCCAGUUCAGCUGGUUCUUCAAUGGCUCCCAGGUGGCAACUGGCUCAAAGUAUGAUACAGGCCCACUGACUUUAGCCAGUCAUGGGGAGUACACCUGUGUGGCCUUCAACAACAUCACUGUCAGAAACAGCACUGUCUCCAAGAUGCUCACUGUCGUUGCAACAGUGACCAUGACCAUGGUGAAAGUCAUUGGAGCCCAGCCAAUACUGAACGAGAGAUUCUCUCUGACCUGUGGCACCGCUGGAACGGUUUACUCCAUUCAGUGGAUGAGGAACGGCUGGCCUCUGUUUGCUAGCAACAGAACAGACUUCUCUAUGAACAACAAUACACUGACAUUCAACUCUGUCCAGCAUUCUGACAAAGGAGACUAUCAGUGUUCUGCCUCCAACCCCUUCAGCAACAUGACCAGCCCAUACUACAAACUGAUCAUCAACUAUGGACCGGAGAUGCCAAUAAUAACAGGACCAGCAUUAGGAGAAACAGGACACAGCGUGACCUUCAACUGCUCAGCUUCCUCUCAGCCUCUCAGCCAGUUCAGCUGGUUCUUCAAUGGCUCCCAGGUGGCAACUGGCUCAAAGUAUGAUACAGGCCCACUGACUUUAGCCAGUCAUGGGGAGUACACCUGUGUGGCCUUCAACAACAUCACUGUCAGAAACAGCACUGUCUCCAAGAUGCUCACUGUCGUUGCAACAGUGACCAUGACCAUGGUGAAAGUCAUUGGAGCCCAGCCAAUACUGAACGAGAGAUUCUCUCUGACCUGUGGCACCGCUGGAACGGUUUACUCCAUUCAGUGGAUGAGGAACGGCUGGCCUCUGUUUGCUAGCAACAGAACAGACUUCUCUAUGAACAACAAUACACUGACAUUCAACUCUGUCCAGCAUUCUGACAAAGGAGACUAUCAGUGUUCUGCCUCCAACCCCUUCAGCAACAUGACCAGCCCAUACUACAAACUGAUCAUCAACUAUGGACCGGAGAUGCCAAUAAUAACAGGACCAGCAUUAGGAGAAACAGGACACAGUGUGACCUUCAACUGCUCAGCUUCCUCUCAGCCUCUCAGCCAGUUCAGCUGGUUCUUCAAUGGCUCCCAGGUGGCAACUGGCUCAAAGUAUGAUACAGGCCCACUGACUUUAGCCAGUCAUGGGGAGUACACCUGUGUGGCCUUCAACAACAUCACUGUCAGAAACAGCACUGUCUCCAAGAUGCUCACUGUCGUUGCAACAGUGACCAUGACCAUGGUGAAAGUCAUUGGAGCCCAGCCAAUACUGAACGAGAGAUUCUCUCUGACCUGUGGCACCGCUGGAACGGUUUACUCCAUUCAGUGGAUGAGGAACGGCUGGCCUCUGUUUGCUAGCAACAGAACAGACUUCUCUAUGAACAACAAUACACUGACAUUCAACUCUGUCCAGCAUUCUGACAAAGGAGACUAUCAGUGUUCUGCCUCCAACCCCUUCAGCAACAUGACCAGCCCAUACUACAAACUGAUCAUCAACUAUGGACCGGAGAUGCCAAUAAUAACAGGACCAGCAUUAGGAGAAACAGGACACGGUGUGACCUUCAACUGCUCAGCCUCCUCUCAGCCUCUUAGCCAGUUCAGCUGGUUCUUCAAUGGCUUCCAGGUGGCAACUGCCUCAGAGUAUGAUACUGGCCCACUCACCUUAGCCAGUCAGGGGGAGUACACCUGUAUGGCCUUCAACAACGUUACUGGCAUAAACAGCACUGCUUCAAAGAUGCUCACUGUCGUUGGCCACUCGCCUGCCCCUCCAUUCCAGUCCAGAGUUGGUCUGAUGCUGACGGCCCUGUUAGCCCUCUCUCUCUGCCUCUGAUCAACCACUGAGACCCCCAGAGUAUGCACACUGCAUGUCUGUCUGCUGGCUGGGAGCCAAUCACUCCCUUCCCUCUUCCCUCACUGACUCCCCUUGCUGAUCUGAAAAAGGGCUGGAUAGAAAUAAGUAGUAUUGUCAAUACUGUAAUUGCCUCAUCUCACCACCAUAGGGCUGGGUUUAGCGUGCUUAGCUCCUUAACUCUUUUCCAAUGCUUUGGGAAUGUGAGGAGAGUCAACAAGAGGUCAGAUGAGAGGGGCCUAUCCCCUUAGAAUAGAACCCACCUCUACAAUGUGUUUUUAUGUCAAUCAUCUCUACAAACAUAUUUUCUUUUUUAAAACUAAAGUCUUGAAAACUGGUCUUCAACAAGGUAAUUGAAGGCGCAAAGAUUCGCUGCUCAGUUGUGCUGCCUAUUUCUGAUUGUAAUUAAAUGUUCUUAGAUAUUCACUGCCCUUGUGACUGUGACUGUUGCCCUGGAGUCCAUUCACUGAGUCCCUUUCUGUGUUGUUCUGUGUUUGAUCAUGUAUGUAAACUCUGUUAUUUAAGUACAAAUUCAGGUUUAAUUAACUUGUAAAUACCUUAAAGGUAAAACAUUUAAAUUGAUAGUACAGUUAACUGGUGUUUAUGUAAAAUAUGACUUGUUUUUGCAUAAGCUUGUAAAUUCUCGGAGGAGACGCAGGCUUGUGCUGUUGUCUUAUGUUUAUAUUUCCUCUUCAUUAAUUAUUGUCUUAAAUAAAGUGUUGUCUUUUCACACCUGUCCUACUGAA